AUGUCCUAUCGAUCAGUCGUUGUAUUUGGCGGCACUGGCGCCCAAGCCGGUCCUAUCGUUCGUCAUCUCUCGGCAGCAGGAACCUUCAAAAUUACAGUCCCCACGCGUAACACAUCCUCAGACUCCGCAGAAGCUGUGGCCAAGUUGCCCAACGUAAAAGUAAUACAGUCCGACUACACUUCUGAACAAGGUCUCCGAACAUCCUUCGCCGGUCAAGAUGCCUGUUACUUCAUCAUCAACUCCUUCGACAUCCGUGAGCCGGACGAGUACUUCUGGACCAUGCGAGCCUACGAGAUCGCCGCACAAAGCGGUCUCAAGCACUUCGUCUACAGCGGAGCUCGGAAUCGUCUUGCUGAGAAUGGCUUCGAUGAGGCGUAUCGCAACAGCCAUAAUGUUGUGAAGGCGCAUAUGUCAGACUGGUUGCAGCAGCAGAAUAGCAAGAUUUUGCCGUGGACGGUCGUCUAUGGUGGUGUUUAUGCCGAGAUGUUAGGGAGUGCGCUCUUGCCGAUGAAGCAAGGCGAGGAGUUUGUAUUCGUUGCUCCAGUGCAUGAGAACAGCGUCAUUCCUCUGAUGCCGUUGGAAAACUAUGGCAUCACAGUCACCCACAUUCUGCAACACCCGAAGGACUUCAUCGACGAGUUUGUCGACGCAGGAGCCACACCUUCCACCUUGCCCGAGAUCGUCGCAGCAUUCGUUGCGACCACGAAGAAGAGUGCUCGAUUCCAGCCCAUUACACAAGAUCAAUGGUUCGAGGAAGCGGCGAACAAAGGCAUGGAUCCAGAAAGUCGAUUUCCCAAGACUGCCAGCGCAGACGAUCCGGCUACUUUUACGUUCAGAAAGUCGUUCGGAUCAUGGUGGAAUAUGUGGAGGGACAACACUAAAGAGGUUGAGGAUCGCGGUAGGACCAAGUCGGGUGAUAAGCUGUUUGUUCCAGGUCGGAUUGCCACCUUGUCAGAGUGGAUGGAGAAGACGAACUACCAAGCGGAGCCUAAGGAGCCGACUAAGAUGAGGAGAGAAGCUGCUGCAAAAUCUUCUUAG